CGCCCCGAAGGAGAAGGGUGGGUCAGCGUAGAAAAGUGUGGACGGCGUUGCAAAGGACGGCGCGGAAAGAGGGGCGGCGAGGGAGAAACAAAGGCUUAGGAGAGAGCGGCGCCUCGGGAGUAAAAAGGGAGCGGGAUGCCGUGGGGCAGCCGGCCAGGAGGGCGGUGUUGGGGCUGGCAGCCCAGGGAAGGGGCGGCGACUGGGCCCUGAGGAGAACGAACGGAGCAAGAAGCUUAGGCGAAGACUUAAGUCGGUGGCGAAAUACGCGAACGAUAACGGUUUCUGUCUUGUACUUAAAAAGCGUGGACACUUUAAUAUCCGGAUGAUGAUGAAGAUGAUGGCAUCUUGUGAAACCCACAUUAAAUCGAUGGUCUCUAUUUGUCAUAACAUUCAGGGCAUUUGAAUAUGGGCAUUUGAAUAUGCCAUAGAGAAUUUGACAGGAUCUCUAAAUUGCUGGUUUGAGUCUAAGAACUGGUAAGAAGAGCCAAAAGAUCAGCAUGGGUUCAGUUAUGCAAACUUGACAGGCCACACAGAGAAGGUGGGCAUUGAGAACUUCGAACUCCUGAAAAUUCUUGGGACAGGAGCUUAUGGAAAGGUAUUUCUGGUGAGGAAAAUCAGUGGUCAUGAUGCUGGCAAAUUGUAUGCAAUGAAGGUAUUAAAAAAGGCAACAAUAAUUCAAAAAGCCAAAACAACUGAACAUACAAAGACUGAACGACAAGUAUUAGAGCACAUUCGACAGUCUCCAUUUUUGGUCACUUUGCAUUACGCUUUCCAGACAGAUACAAAACUUCAUCUCAUCUUGGAUUACAUAAAUGGAGGAGAACUUUUUACCCAUCUUUCACAAAGAGAGAGAUUUAAUGAAGAUGAGGUACGGAUAUAUAUUGGGGAGAUUGUUUUGGCAUUGGAACACCUUCACAAGUUGGGAAUUAUCUAUCGUGAUAUAAAACUUGAAAAUAUUCUUCUUGACUCAGAUGGACAUGUAGUUCUGACAGACUUUGGACUGAGUAAGGAGUUUGUUAAUGAUGAAAAUGAAAGAGCUUAUUCUUUCUGUGGAACUAUAGAAUAUAUGGCUCCAGAUAUCGUCAGAGGAGGGAAUACAGGACAUGAUAAAGCUGUUGAUUGGUGGAGUUUAGGUGUUCUUAUGUAUGAAUUGUUGACUGGAGCAUCACCUUUUACAGUUGAUGGGGAGAGAAAUUCACAAACUGACAUAUCCAGGAGAAUAUUAAAAAGUGAACCUCCAUAUCCACAAGAAAUGACUGCAUUAGCUAAAGAUUUAAUUCAGUGCCUUCUAAUGAAAGAUCCUAAGAAAAGAUUGGGUUGUGGUUCAGGGAGUGCUGAUGAAAUCAAACAACAUUCCUUCUUCAAGAAAAUAAAUUGGAAUGACUUGGCUGCCAAAAAAGUGUCUGCUCCAUUUAAACCAAUAAUUCGUGAUGAGUUGGAUGUUAGUAAUUUUGCAGAGGAGUUUACAGAAAUGGAUCCAACAUAUUCUCCAGCAACCACUCCAGAGGCUGCAGACAAGCUGUUCCAGGGAUAUUCUUUUGUUGCUCCUUCUAUCUUAUUCAAACACAAUGCAGCCAUUAUGGAUCCUGUUUAUUUUCUGACAAAACAUAACCAACCUGGAGUUACAAAUAUUGCGAGAAGUGCUAUGAUGAAGGACUCUCCAUUUUAUCUCCAUUAUGAGCUGGACUUAAAAGAAAAACCACUGGGAGAAGGGAGUUUUUCCAUCUGUCGAAAAUGCUUACACAAGAAAACUAGAUGUGAAUAUGCAGUAAAAAUAAUCAGUAAGAGGCUAGAAGUCAACACUCAGAGAGAAAUUACAGCUUUAAAACUCUGUGAAGGACAUCCCAAUGUUGUGAAAUUGCAUGAAAUUUAUCAUGAUCAGCUCCAUACGUUUCUAGUAAUGGAACUACUGAAAGGGGGAGAAUUACUUGAACGCAUCCAGAAAAAGAAGUACUUCAGUGAAACUGAAGCUAGUUACAUCAUGCGCAGAUUAGUUUCUGCAGUGAGCCAUAUGCAUGAUGUGGGAGUAGUGCACAGAGACUUAAAACCCGAGAAUUUGUUAUUCACAGAUGAAAGUGAUAAUUCAGAAAUAAAAAUAAUUGAUUUUGGAUUUGCCCGAUUAAAACCUUCAGACAAUCAGCCUCUUAGAACUCCAUGUUUUACCCUUCAUUAUGCUGCUCCAGAACUCUUAAAUCAUAAUGGUUAUGAUGAAUCCUGUGAUCUCUGGAGUCUGGGAGUUAUUUUGUAUACAAUGCUUUCAGGACAAAUACCUUUUCAGUCUCAAGAUACCAGUAUAAUAUGUACAAAUGUUUUGGAAACGAUGAAGAAAAUUAAAAGAGGGGAAUUUUCAUUUGAAGGAGAUGCUUGGAAAAAUGUUUCUCAGGAAGCCAAAGAUUUGAUACAAGGACUUCUUACAGUGGAUCCAAAUAAGAGGAUUAAAAUGACCAGUUUGAGACACAAUGAUUGGCUUCAGGAUGGUUGCCAACUGUCAUCCAACCCAUUAAUGACUCCAGACAAUUUAGGAUCUUCAAGAACUUCAAUACAUGUCAAGGCAACUUUUAAUGCUUUUAACAAGUACAAAAGGGAAGGAUUUUGCCUCCAGAACGUUGACAAGGCACCUCUUGCAAAAAGAAGAAAGAUGAAAAAGACAAGCACAAGCACAGAGACCCGCAGCAGUUCCAGUGAAAGUUCUCACUCUUCUUCCUCUCAGUCCUAUGGUAAAACUACCCCUACAAAAACACUACAGACAACACAUCCUACAGAUAGCAAUAAUUCAGAUAAUAUCUUUCAAUUCUCUGAUUGAAGAUCUGUUCUCUUGAAUAGUAAUUGAAAUUUGUUGAUGCCUGUGCUCUUUUUAAUACAAUAAUGAGUUAUGUUUACAAAUUGUCCCUUCUGAUUUUUUUUUGUUGUUUCAGUCUGAGGCGAAAUUAGGACAUGUUGAAAUACCACUGUGACUGUAGCCAGAAUCAAAAUUCAAAAAACAAAAAAGUGAUAUAAAAUGUUUUAUUUUAAUAUGUAUGCAUCUCCAACAGUUUUUAAAAGAUGUCUGUAAUCCAGUGGCAUAAUCUUGCACUGGGGUCCUCUCCUGUUUAGACUUUCACAAGUUCUCAUAAAUCUGCAAGUCUUUUCAUUACAUUUGGUUUUCUUUGUAAUAUACCUAUGUGCAUGCAUACAGAGAGAAAGAGAGAGAGAGAGAGAAAGUUUUCUAUAUAAGAUAUAUUUUAUUGUACAAAUUUACAAAUUCAUGUGUGUAUAAAAUCCUCAACAAAGAUGUGUUUCAAUAUAUUUGCCAGGAUCAAAAAUAACUUAUUUCCUUGAAUGCAGAAGCUAUUUUCUUAUGCAAGACAUACACACAAGCCACUUCCUCAGCAUAUGAAGAUGUUCCUGCAUAACACAUAAGCAGCAACUUAAUUUAUGUGAUAGCUUGGAGACCAUAUAAAACUUUAUUUCUUCCACUUUUUUCUAGUAAGAAAAAUUAUUUGGGAUUUUAAAACUUGACUUGGAGAGAGAGAGAGUGAGCAAGAGAGAAAGAAAAUUAUUCUGUGAGAAUUUUAUAUUCCUUUACCACGCGGAUCAAAAAACUAAGCUAAUUGGCAGUUGGGUUUUAGCUUAAUAUUCAAGAGAUUUUUAUUCUGUAUCAAACAUCUGUGUAGUUGGUGUUAUAAUUGUAUUUGAUAAGUAACAAUGAUAUUGUGAGUACAACUUGGAGAUGCUGUAAUUUGCUGUAGCAAUUUCAAUAAGAAUUAUGAGCUUCUUAUAUUAUUUAAUCUUGCAAUACAUUUUUCUGAUAUUUUCAUGUCUAGACAUAAUAUAUCUGAGUUUGCCCGUUUCACACUGGAGUAUAUUGUAAUGCAUUUAUACAUUAGAAAAUUAAGGGGAUAUUCUGUCAAGCACUGUGCUUCAUAUCUCUACACUGUGUUUUACUAUAGUAAAAUUUUCCACUGUGGUUAUAUUUUGGAUUCAUAAAUAUGGAUUUUUCUGAUGCAUUUUUAAAUGGUAAUAUUUUAAACUAUGAAGUAUGAUUUAUAAAUAUAUGCAGAGCUCUUCCAUAGCUCACAUGUUGCAGUUCUGCAAACAAAAUAUGGAAGUAGCCUUAUUGGUAAUUAGUGAGGCAAUUUGUAUAAAGUUAAGCUUAUAUCUAGAUACUGGCAUGAUUAACCUCACUUAGUAGAUUUUAGAAAUACCUUGCUGUAUUGUAGAAUGAACAAUCCAAAUCCUAUGCAAAUACUCCUUUUCUAUAAAAACUAAUUUCUUUAUAUAAUCAUAUCUAUUAUAGUUUUCAGAAAUCUCUUACAUAUUUCUUUAGGGAAACUGAAAAAAAAAACCCUAGAAAAGCCUGAGAAUAUUUUCAUGAAGAAUUUUAGAAAAAUAACAUAAUGUGAAUCUUUAUGUUAUUUACUGAGUUUUUGUGGACAUCUUAAUUUCAAGAUAUGUAAAACAUAGAAUCAGUUGUUUUUCUAUCAGAUAUAUUUUGACUUCUACACUGUGUUAGACAUUCAAAUUAUUUCUGUAAACUAUGCAUCCAAACUUGGACAGGACAGUAUCUUGCAUUGGUAACUAUUUAAAAGGACUUAAAUUUUUUGUGUGAAGUAGCACAACUUUGAGUUUCAAAGAAAUGAAUUAUUUAGCUUGCAGUUCUCUGCACUCUUAUUCAUGAGUAAGCAUCACUGAACUCCAUGAGAGAUUUCAAUAAGUAGACAUAGGAUUGGGUUGCUAAUUGCAUACAUUGAUACAAAUUAUGUUACCUAGUUUUGUAAUGAAAUGUCUGCAAAAAAACCCCCAAAACUCAGAGGACCCAAUCAGUUAAAAUUUGAGUACAAUAUUGAAAACUGAAGAUUAGAUUAUUCUUUAUAUAUGCUGAGAGCACAAAGAUCUUAAUUUGUGUGCAUAUAUAUUACAUUACUAAUUUGGUGUAAAUUACAUUUACUUUCUAUACAUGUAUUUUGUUGUUGUUAGUCGCGAAGUCGUCCGACCCAUCGCGACCCCAUUCACAAUGUUCCUCCAGGCCUUCCUAUCCUCUACCAUCCCCCAGAGUCCAUUUAGGCUCACGCGACUGCUUCAGUGACACCAUUCAGCCACCUCAUUCUCUGCCGUACCCUUCUUCUUUUGCCCUCAAUUAUUCCCAGAUUAGGCUCUUCUCCAGUGGGUCCUUCCUUCUCAUUAGGUGGCCAAAGUAUUUGAGUUUCAUCUUCAGGAUCUGGCCAUCUCCUCUAGUACUGACCAGUUUGAUUGCCUUGCAGUCCAAGAGACUCGCAGGAGUCUUCUCCAGCACCAUAGUUCAAAGGCAUCAAUUCUUUGGCACUCAGCCUUCCUUAUGGUCCAACUUUCACAGCCAUACAAUGCAACUGGGAAAACCAUAGCCUUGACUAUAUGCACUUUUGUUGGCAGGGUGAUGUCUCUGCUUUUUAGUAUGCUGUCCAGAUUUGCCAUAGCUUUCCUCCCCAGGAGUAAGCAUCUUUUAAUUUCUUAACUGUAGUCCCCAUCUGUGGUGAUCUUGGAGUCCAGGAAAAUGAAGUCUGUCACUAUCUCCAUUUCUUCCGCAUCUAUUUGCCAGGAAUUGAGAGGGCCAGAUGUCAUGAUCUUAGUUUUCUUAAUGUUGAGUUUCAAGCCAACUUUUGCAUUCUCCUCCUUCAUCCGCAUCAAGAGGCUCUUUAGUUCCUCUUCACUUUCUGCCUUAAAAGUGGUAUCAUCUGCAUAUCUGAGGUUGUUGAUAUGUCUCCUGGCAAUCUUAAUUCCAAUUUGUGAUUCAUCUAGCCCCACAUUUCUCAUGAUAUGCUCUACAUAUAAGUUAAAUAGGCAGGGUGACAAUAUACAGCCUUGUCGAACUCCUUUCUCAAUUUUGAACCAUUCAGUAGUUCCGUGUCCAGUUCUCACUAUUGCUUCUUGACCUGCAUAUAGGUUUCUCAAGAGGCAGAUAUGAUGACCUGGUAUUCCCAUCUCUUUAAGAACUUGCCACAAUUUGUUGUGAUCCACACAAUCAAAGGUUUAAGCAUAGUCAAUGAAGCAGAAGUAGAUGUUUUUCUGGAACACCCUAACUUUCUCCAUGAUCCAGCGUAUGUUGGCAAUUUGAUCUCUAGUUCCUCUGCCUCUUCGAAAUCCUGCCUGUACUUCUGGUAGUUCUCAGUCCACAUACUGCUGCAGCUUAGCUUGUAGGAUUUUGAGCAUAACUUUGCUAGCAUGUGAAAUGAGUACAAUGGUGCGGUAGUGUUGUGGUCCGCCAGCAGCCUGCAGAGCUGACAGCAGAGUCAGACAGUGAGGAGGCUGGGCAGGACAAUGGGCCAGUUCUGGAAUCAGGGGAAGGCCCGGACAAGGGCUCUGCAUCAGAGGCAGAGAUGGGGCCAGGGCCAUCUGGGAACGAUGCGCGGACUCUGGAGCCUCCAGAGGCAGAUAGCAGAGAAACAGGAGGAGCCUGUUCCUAAUGCAUGCAUGCAAAGAGCUGCCAGAAGACAAGAGCAGCUAAAGCAAAAAGGAAGACUCGGGAGUAAGGCCAGGAGAUGAUUGGCCUCUCCCAGAAGGCUUCAAAUAGCAGCAACAACUCUUGGGAUCUUUGUAGGAAAGCAACGUUGCUACAUUUGUUUCUUGUCGGCAUCUUGGGUUUUGCCAAGAAAAGCCUUUGGCAGGGUGCCAAAGAAGACAAAGGUUUGUGAUAAGGCCGAAGGACUGUUUAUGAAGGAUUUGUUUUGGACUUAAUUUGGACUAAGCUGAGAAUGAAGUAAUUCUCAGCUGUUCUAAUAAAAUAUGUUUGUUUAGGACUGAUUGUGUCUGGUAAUAACUACUUGGGCCUAGGUCAUAACAAGUAGUUUGAACAUUCUUUGGCAUUGCCCUUCUUUGGAAUUGGAAUGUAAACUGACCUUUUCUAGUCCUGUGGCUGCUGUUGCUCAAUUUGCUAGCAAAUUGAGUGUAGCACUUUUACUGCAUCGUCUUUUAAAAUUUUGAAUAGCUCAUCUGGAAUACUGUCACCUCCACUAGCUUUGUUGUUGCUCAGACUUCCUAAGGCCGAUCUGACUUCACAUUCCAGGAUGUCUGGCUCGAGGUCAGUGGCCACCCCAUCGUGGUUAUCAGAGACGUUAAGCUCGUUCUUGUAUAGUUCUGUGUAAUUUUGCCACCUCUUCUUAAUCUUUUCUACCUCUGUUAGGUCCCUGCCAUUUUGGUCCUUUAUCAUGCCCAACUUUGCAUGAAAUGCUCCCUUCAUAUCUCUAGUUUUCUUGAAGAGAUCUCUGGUCCUCCCUAUUCUAUUGUUUUCUUCUAUUUCUUUGCACUGUUCAUUUAAGAAGGCAUUCUUAUCUCUUCUAGCUAUUCUCUGGAAUUCUGUAUUCAAUUGGGUGUAUCUUUCUCUUUCUCCCUUGCCUUUCGCUUCCCUUCUUUCCUCAGCUAUUUGUAAAACUUCCUCAGACAGCCGUUUUGCUUUCUUGCGUUUCUUUUUCUUUGGGAUGGUUUUAGUUGCUACCUCUUGUUCAAUGUUGUGAACCUCCAUCCAUUCAGGCACUCUAUCAGAUCUAAUUCGUUAAAUCUAUUUGUCACCUCUACUGUAUAUUCAUCAGGGAUAUGAUUUAGUUCAUACCUGAGUGGCCUAGUACUUUUCCCUAUUUUCUUCAAUUUAAGCCUAAAUUUUGCAACGAGAAGCUCAUGAUCUAAGCCACAGUCAGCUCCUGGUCUUGUUUUUACUGACUGUAUAGAGCUUCUCCAUCUUUGGCUGCAGAGCACAUAGUCAAUCAAUUUCUGUGUUAACUGUCUGGUGAUGUCGAUGUGUAGAAUCGUCUCUUGGGUUGUUCGAAAAGAGUGUUUUCUAUGACCAUCACAUUCUUUUGACAAAAUUCUACCAGCCUGUGCCCUGCUUCAUUUUGUACUCCAAGCCCAAACUUGCCUGUUAUUCCUGUUAUCUUUUGGCUUCCUAUUUUAGCAUUCCAAUCCCCCAUGAUGAUAAAGACAUCAUUUUUUGGUGUUAAUUCUAGAAGAUGUUGUAGGGCUUCAUAGAACCAGUCAACUUCAUCCUCUUCGGCACCAGUGGUUGGAGCAUAGAUUUUGACUACUGUGAUGUUGAAUGGUUUACCUUGGAUUUGAACUGAGAUCAUCUUGUCAUUUGGGGGAUUGUAUCCCAGUAUUGCUUUUCUUAUUCUGUUAUUGACUAUGAAGGCUACUCCAUUUCUUCUGAGGGAUUCUUGCCUGCAGUAGUAUACCUGAAUUAAAUUCACCCAUUCCUGUCCAUUUUAGUUCAUUGAUUCCUAAGAUGUCGAUAUUCAGUCUUGUCAUCUCUUGUUUGACCAUGUCCUGCUUGCCUUGCUUCAUGGAUCUUACAUUCCAGUUUGCUAUGGAGUAUAGAUCUUUACAGCAUCGGACUUUCCUUUCACCACCAGAUAGAGCCACAGCUGAGUGUCCUUUUGGCUUUGACCCAGUCGCUUCAUUCUUUCUGGCGCUACUAGUACUAGCCCUCUGCUCUUCCCCAGCAGCAUAUUAGACACCUUCCGACCUGAGAGGCUCAUCUUCCAGCAUCAUAUCUUUUUGCCUUUUGGUACCGUCCAUGAGGUUUUCACUGCAAAGAUACUGGAUGGGUUGCCAUUUCUUUCUCCAGUGGAUCACAUUUUGUCAGAGCUCUCUGCUAUGACCUGUCUCUCUUGGGUGGCCCUGUACGGCAUAGUUCAUAGGUUCAUUGAGCUACGCAAGCCCCUUCUCCAUAACAAGGCAGUGAUCCAUGAAGGGGAUAUAUGUAUAUAUAGUUCAUUUCAAACAUUUUUCUCCGAUAAUACAGAUAAGUAUCUUGAAGAGAUGGAAAUGGUGUGUUCAGUAAAUUACAUAAAUAUCUUGUUAUGAUAUGCCACUUUCCAUUUCAAAAUGAACACGGAAUAAAACAUUUUUAAACAAAAUGUCAACAGUUUAGUAGCUUAAUUCUGAUGCAACUGAAUUUAUAUGUGGUAUAGACAAUUUAUUUUUAAUAUCUAAUAUCUUUGAGAAAUUAAAAUGGAUUUUUUAAAAUAUCAAAAUUUAAAAAUUUGGUAGGAUGUCAUGAAAAUCACAAAGUAAUGGUUUCGCAUUUCUCAGGAAAAGGAUUUUGUAUAUAUUUCCAUUGUUUCUUCCACAGGCAGCUAUUGUGAAAGCUUGAUGAGCUAUAACUUUGGGGAGAAGAUUUUCAUGAAUACAAGCAUAAACGAGUGUAAAUUGAUUAUUAUUAUUUAUAACAUGUCUAUUCAUAAAUUUGUACUAUAUUUAAACGUUAAUUAUUUACAGUUAUAUACUUUUGUCUAUCGGUAUGUAUAAUUAGAGGAAUUGAUGGAGCAAUAACAGAAAUUAAAUGGUACAUGUGCAGCUAUGUUUUCAAAGUUCUUUUAUGGUAUUAUAUUUUUCACAAUCAGACCCACAUAAAUAAACCAAAUUAUUUCUUGCUAUUAAUAAAAUGAUCAAUGCAAGAGUUAAACAACGUUCCUGUUUCUUGUAUAUAAUGUUUUAUCCUGCUAGUAGAAAAGUAAGACAGUGGGAGAUGCUGGAUAUAGCCUCUUUAUUCUUUUAUCAUUGUUGGGGAUUAAACAACUUGCGUUGACUGAAAUGAUAAAUUCGUGAUUUUUAUUUUUUCUUUGUUUAAAAAGGAUAAAUCUUUAGCUAGUCUAGCAGAGAGAUACUUAUUACACCCUUUUCCUAAAGGUUUACUACUACACUAUAGUUAUGCUGUUGAUAACUCAGGUAAUAAUUUAUUACCCAUAAAAAUGUUAUUCUUUGACUUUAAAAUUUUGCACCAGGCAAAUAGGAAUCAAGGUCAGAAAUGCUGCAUAUAUCAUUCAAAUUUAUUUUAAUUUUAAGAUUUAUUUAAUUCAGAUUUAUUUUAAUUUUCUUUUGUAAAAGAAAACCUCAUAUAUAAUAACACUCUAUAGACUAAUAUAGCAUAGUGGAAGAAAUUGAUCUGAAAAUUAAUAGAAGAAUUCUGAAUAGACACUAUUUUUUUAAAAAAAAUUAUACUGUACAUUGAAAAGUAUUUAUUUAAAUAAAUUACUUCAAAUAAAAAAGCACUAGCAGAAAAAAUACCCCAUCCCUGUGUCACUGAGUCUGCUGCAAAAAAGUAGAGGACUUUUCACAGUAGUUCUGAAGUGGCAUUCAGAGGCUGCAGGAAGGGAAGGUAAAAAGACAUAGCGCAUAAACUGAAGCUGUUCACAUGACAUUGAAUUUAACUCAUAAUCAUUGCCUAGAAAAAUUGUUGUACAUACAUGGUGACUUUGCAAUAUGUAGAUAAUUAUACUUAGCUUUCUCUGAAUGUUUUGGCUGGUUACUCCUACCAGGAUUCGAAAAUUUUUAGGAUAACUAGUUCCUUGAAAGAAUUUGUCAUUAAACUUGAUUGUUUAAAUCUUAAUUUAAUUUUCCCAUAUCUUUUUUGUGAAUUGAUUAUUUUCUUUUCUUCAGAAAAUUAGGUUGCCAAUUUAGGGUAUAUGUAUAAGGUGUUUUCAGAGUUUUAGUCCUCCAAGCAUGUGCUGUGGUUCACUUGCAUGGAUUGUGUAUCAGUAAAAGAUGAGUGUUUUAUAUUAUGAUUGGUUUGGUGAUUGAUGCAGAGGUUAUGUAGUUAAUCAAUCAAAAGAACAAGAAUUAAAAGGAAGUACUCCAAGGUAGGCAAUUUAUUAAAAUAUGAAAUAAAAUUUUAAAAGGUUAAAUAAGAGAAAGAACAAAUCAGUCAGUGAGAGUGUUCUACUAGCAGUAUAAAACUUUUGGAGUCAAUUAAUUAAAUUGUUAUAACUAUUGACUUAUAACUAAAAUUCCCAGAUAUUUCCUAGUGUUUUGAGGUAAAUAUGAGUGAAUAUUUAAAGAUAAAGAGUCAUGUUUAUUCAUUGUUUUAUUUAAAAAAAAAACCUGUAUAUUGCAGGUGCUGACUCUAACAUGAACUCAUUAUAUGAGUUCCAAAACAGGAACCAGUAGAUUCUUUACAUUUUUCAUCCAGAGACAGCAGUUUCUUCCAUAACAGGCUGACUUGAUGAGAAAUAUUUGAUUUAAGUUUCUAUUCAGGUGAUCAGUCCAUUGUCAAAUGAGCCUGAUGUAGAAAUGUCUGUUAAUAUUUCUUUUUAAUUUAUUACUUUGUUUGUGAUGUUCCAAAUAGAUAGUAUUUCAGAAAAUAAGAUAAACUUUUUUAAUAAUGCAAACACUUUUUUUAAACAUUACAUCUUAUUAUACGUUUUAAUGUUAUUCAUUUAUUGGAUUCUUAUUGAAUAUAUAGUUUUUUUUCCAAUGUAAAUCUAAUAUAUAAACUAUAAAUACAUUUAUUAACAUUUCUUCCUAAAGUGUAAUAUUUAUAUGGUUUAUAUACAAAAAAGGUAAUCAUUUAAACUAUUUGGAUUAUUUCAUUCUAGCUGGGCUAGAACUUAGUCUUAACUUAUGCAGACUGGAACAGGGGCUCUUAAAGAAUUAUUUUCAUGAAAGAAAAAUCCAUGAAAUCUCUCUUCAUUUUAGUUGUGGCUUACUUUAUGUGAUAUGUGCAUCUACUCAUAAUAUCCAUAAACACAAACUUUACAUGAUGCUUUAUUGCCACAAUUAACAUUGCUGCUCAUCAGUUCCUCAAUUAACAAAUUAAGUUAUUUUAUAUUUACUGGAAUUGUCAAUAUUAGACAUAGCUAUAUAAAACAAAUAUGCAUGCAUUUUACCUGUGUUUUUAAUGUUUAUCAUUUGGCAAGUCUUUAAUGAGUUGCAUCAACUUUAGAAAGAAAUCAAGUUGGAAUUUGUAAUUGUCAAAAAAUAUUUUUACCUUCAGUAAAUUUGCUGAAAUGUUUUUUGUGUGUGGAUUUUAUGCUAAAAGCGAGACUAUGUAUGUUCAGAUAUAUUUGUUUUACCUUCAAAACAAUAAACUUGACUAUGUAUAAAAUGC